AUGAAGCUGUCUCUCCUGCCCUGGACCCUGCUGCUGCUGGUGACAGCCCCCGACCCAGGCCCCUGGCCUGCAGCAGGUGCCCAGGGGAGCUGCUCCUACCGUUGUGGAGUCCAGGAUGGGCCGUGCUCCUGCCACCCGACCUGCUUCGGCCUGGCCAGCUGCUGCUCGGACAUUCGGGACUUCUGCCUGGAGAUCUUGCCCUACUCGGGCUCCAUCAUGGGUGGCAAGGAUUUUGUGAUACAGCAUCUCAACUGGUCCAACCCCACUGACAGCGUGAUCUGCAGCUUUAAGGAGAGCAUCCAGACCCGCGGCUUCGUGGACUCCUCGGGACGAGUGCACUGUGUGUCACCCUUGCUCUAUGAGACCGGCCGCAUCCCCUUCACGCUCUCCAUGGACAAUGGCCGCUCCUUCCCACGCUCAGGCACCUGGCUGGCUGUGCACCCCAGCAAAGUGUCAGAGUCCGAAAAGAGCCAGCUGGUGAACGAGACCCGCUGGCAGUACUACGGCACCGCCAGCACCCAGGGUAACCUCACCCUGACCUGGAACACCUUGGCUCUGCCCACAAACUCCAUCACCGUAGAGCUAUGGGGCUACGAGGAGACAGGGAAGCCGUACUCCCGGGAGUGGACGGCAGCGUGGUCAUACCUGUACUCCUUGGCCACAAGCAUCACCAACUCCGGCUCCUUCACCUUCACACCAAAACCUGCACCUCAAGACUACCAGAGGUGGAAAGUGGGUGCCCUUCGCAUUGUCAACAGCAAACACCACGCAGGGGAGAAGGACGUGCACGCACUCUGGAGCAACGAGCACGCGCUAGCCUGGCACCUGGGCGAUGACUUCCGGGCAGACCCUGUGGCCUGGGCCCGAGCUCAGUGCCUGGCCUGGGAGGAGCUGGAGGACCAGCUGCCCAACUUCCUGGAGGAGGUGCCCGACUGCCCCUGCACCCUGGCCCAGGCCCAGGCUGACUCUGGCCGCUUCCAAGCAGACUACGGCUGUGACAUCGAGCACGGCAGCGUGUGCACCUAUCACCCAGGGGCUGUGCACUGCGUUCGCUCCGUGCAAGCCAGCCCCCUAUAUGGCUCAGGCCAGCAGUGCUGCUACACGGCGGCGGGCACACAGCUCCUGACAGCCGACUCCACCAGUGGCAGCACCCCAGACCGUGGCCACGACUGGGGCGCACCCCCAUACCGCGUGCCGCCCCGUGUGCCGGGCCUCUCCCACUGGAUCUACGACGUCAUCAGCUUCUACUAUUGCUGCCUCUGGGCGCCCGAGUGCUCCCGCUACAUGCAGAGGCGGCCCUCCAGCGACUGCCACAGCUACCAGCCCCCGCGCCUGGCCUCCGCUUUCGGGGACCCGCACUUUGUCACCUUCGAUGGCACCAACUUCACAUUCAACGGACGCGGCGAGUAUGUGCUGCUGGAGGCCUCUGGGACUGACCUGAGGUUGCAGGCGCGGGCCCAGACCAGGAUGACGCCCGAGGGCUCUCAGGACCGAGGCACAGGGCUGACUGCUGUGGCUGUCCAGGAGGGCAACUCAGAUGUGGUAGAGGUCCGGCUGAGGGAUGGGGCGGGGGCCCUGCAGGUGCUGCUGAACCAGGAGGUGCUCAGCUUCAAGGAGCAAAGCUGGAUGGACCUGAAGGGCAUGUUCCUGUCAGUAGCUGCUGGGGACAGAGUAUCAGUCAUGCUGUCAUCAGGGGCCGGCCUGGAGGUCAGCGUCCAGGGUCCGUUCCUGAGUGUGGCGGUCCUGCUGCCCGAUAAGUUCCUGACCCACACACGAGGCCUCCUUGGGACACUCAAUGACAACCCCUCAGACGACUUCACCCUGCGCAGCGGCCAGGUCCUGCCCCCCAGUGCCAGUUCCCGAGAACUGUUCCAGUUUGGGGCUGACUGGGCUGUGGAGAACGCCUCCUCCCUGCUCACCUACGACUCCAAGUUCCUCGUGGAAAAUUUCCUGCUCCAGCCCAAGCAUGACCCCGGUUUCCUGCCCCUCUUCCCCGAGGAGACCACCUCCAGCCCCAGCCUGGAGAGUGAGGCGGCCAAACUGUGUGGGGACAACAAUUUCUGCAACUUCGACGUGGCGGCCACCGGGAGCCUGAGCGUGGGCAACGCCACGCUGUUGGUCCACAGGCAGCACCUGCUUCGCGCGCAGAGCCUGCAGCCCGUGGUGUCCUGUGGCUGGCUGCCUCCGCCCUCCAACGGGCACAAGGAGGGCAUGAGGUACCUGGUGGGCUCCACUGUCCACUUCCACUGCGACAGCGGCUACAGCCUGGCCGGGGCCGAGGCCAGCACCUGCCAGACUGAUGGCACCUGGUCCCAACCCACCCCGACUUGCCAGCGAGGACGGAGCUACGCGGUGCUGCUGGGCGUCAUCUUUGGAGGCCUGGCGGUGGUGGCCCUCGUCGCGCUCGUCUACGUGCUCCUAUGCCGCAGGAAGAGCAACACGGCCGUCUGGGGUUCGCAACCCUGAGGGAAGCACGCUUGUCCGGCGGCCAAGGGCACACAGGACCUCCCCGGGGCCAAAGACCAGCCUCCCAAACUCCCAAGAACGUGCACCCCAGUACUUGGAUCCACAAAUCCCUACCACCAUACACCUGGGACACGGACACCUGAACCUGAGCUUUUAAAGCCCGGUGCCCUGCUCUGUCACCAAAGACCCGGACCUUGAGCGGUCACUGUGGAGUUCCCGAGGCUUUGUUCCCCACAUACCCCUCUUAAUUCCCCAGGCCCGAGACUCCGUACCCUUGAAUUCUGAGGCCUGUCUCCCGAGCCCUAAUACUCCAGCACCUGAUAUUCAAAGGCCGGUACCAGUACCUCAGAUCCCUUGCCCAUGAUGCUGAUUCCCAGUAUACUGAGUCGUGGUGCCCCAACAGGGGGCCCCAGGGCCGAGCUGCCUUGAUUCCCAGACCCUGGGCCUGGCCUGAGACUGUAGGUGGGUCCAGACUUGGGUGUGGAGAGUCACCCUCUAAGCUCCAGGCUUGUAAUUCUAAGUCUCUGGAACAUCUCCUGAAACACCCCUCCCUGCCUGUUGGGGGAGAAAACAAGCCUUUGGUGCUCCUUCCCUGGUGUCCUCAUGCUCGUGCUGCACCUCGGUUCCGGGGAGUCCCACGGUUGCCCUGUGUGGUCCACAGCACCCAGAGCAACCUGGGUCUGAGGGCUUCGUCCACCGGCAGGUCACCUGGGACCGGUCUCUCCCCAGCCUCUGUCUCUCCAUCUGUAAAGUGGGAUCUAGAACAAUGACCACGUUGUGGCGGGGAGGGGAAGCGUUCUCCAUGGGGUGCUACGCUGGGCACUCAAGAGAAGGGACAGGGCUGGGCGGCCCACCCUCCCCCAAUGUAGGGAGCAAGCAAGCUGGCAGCCUGGCCCUGGGCCCCCCACCCUGCCCUGUCACAGCCCCAGAGGCAGUCUGGUAAUGCGAUGCCCAACUGGUCCCGGUCCCUGAGCCCUUUGCCCAGGAGUGUCCAGAAGCUAGUACAGGGCCCAGGCGUCAUGCCAUCACUGCCCCGUUUGUAGCAAGGGUGCUGAAUGGGGGCUGUGGGCAGGCCUGGGCAGGGUAGGAUGGGGUCAGAUUUGCAUCAUAGGUGUUAGAUGGAGAAAGCACCCGGGAGUGUGGGGUUGGAGGUUGGUGCCCCCUGGCCAGGGCGGGCAGCUCUGCCUGAGAGGAGUGAGGGGCAGGGGGUUGCCCACGAGAUCUGGAGCCCUGGUUGGGAGGCUGAGUGAAGCCCCUUCACCGCAGCACCAAGAGUGGCCACGUGGGGGCAGCAGAGGGUAAGAACAGUGGAGGCGGAGGCUACACAGGGACCCAGGCCAUCAGGGAGAGCAGUGCAGUUGGGCCAGCAGGCUUGUGGUCACAACCCCGGCCAAGGUUCAUGCAGACCCACCUCUUCGUCUCCCUCAUCUGGGGGGGUGACCUCGAGUCGUCCCCCAGUCUCAGAGGUUGCAUGGGUUACUCAAGGUCGUCCAGCUGGCACUGACCACUUGGAUCGGAGGCCAGGCCUCCCUACCUCCUCAGCCUCACCUUUGGCAGAGGGGUGAGCAGGGGCAGCGGCAGAUCCCGUCUGCAGGGAUUCCUGGAGUGUGCACAGUGGGGCACAUUUGAACAGAGCUAAGACGAGAUUGGGGGGCUGGGAGUCCUGGGGGUGGUGCUGAGGAGACUCUGGUGGAGGCGGAUGGGGUCAGUGCUUCUUGUCCUUCCAGACCCCACCCACCUCCCCCCAACCUCUGGGCUUCCAGCUCAGGACAGGGGGGCUGAGGGCCCACCCUUUGGCCCCUGGGCAGGUACUUUCCUCUCUGCAGAUGAGGUAAGGCAGGGCUGGCCUCCCACCAACCUGAGCCCCAGUGCCUCCUUGCCGAGCCAGGCCGGGCCAGGCCCUUGACGGUGGGUGAGGGUCAGGUUCCUGGUCAGAGCAGGAGGGCAGGGGCAGCAUCACUGCUCCCAGACUGGCCUCAGAGGUGUGAUUGGUCAGAGAGCUUUCCAGGUAGAGGAACAGCCUGGGCAAAGGCUCAGAGGAUGGGCAGUGCACUCAGGUCUGAGGAGUAACGUGGAGGGCAGCAGUAGAGGUGCCUCCCCUGCCAGGCUUCAUCCUGAAAGUAAAGCAUGGCCUCCCUCAGGCCCCCUACCCUACUCUUGUCCCUCUAAGGUAGGCCCUGGAGCUGCCCUGGCAGGAGAAGGGCUACAUCGUGGCCCUGGCCCCAGACGUCAGGCCUUCCCAGUGCCAGGGGCCGGCCAGGCUGGGAAGUCCCAACACCUGGCAGGGGUUUCCCCAGGGACCCGUCGGGAGUCUGGGGUGCUGCAGGGCCUGUGUGAGGGCACAAGAUCCCAGAGCUGGGCAGAGACUCCCUAGAAACAUCAACGGUAGGCACCCUGGCCUCAGAGAGGUGGUCUCCCCAAACCACAGCCCCAGGGAGUGACGGCACCAGAACCCAGCGGCCAGUCCCCUGUCCCUUGUACUAGUUGGGAUUUUGAGGACAGUAAUCCAGGGACUUGGAAAUGCAGGUAAUGAGAGAGCUGGGAAGUGAAAUAGGAGCCAGCGAGGGACAAAGGGUGGGGGAGGCCAAGGAGCCAGGCCAGGUCCCCAAGAAAGAGAACAUGCGGUUGUGUGGGGCCCUCACCACAGAGGCAGUUGCCCCACCAACAGAGGCCUCUAGCCUCCCGAGGAGGGGAAGCACCACUUCCCCUCCAGCCUCCCACUUGGGCCUCCUGUUGGCUGAACAGUGGGAAGGGGCUGAUGUGGGGGGAAGGGACCAAUGUGGGGAGUAGGGACCCCUCUGCCAGGCUGCUUCCUCCCACAAAGCCCCAGGUGACCGAGUCCCUGCCCCGGGCCAGGCCUCUGCUGGGAGACCCCUGUCCCCAUGGUCCAUGCUGCUCUGGAGGAGGGUGUGAUCGGUGUAGUGCAUUGUGGGAGCAGGAGGCCAGGUGGGUGCUUCUUGGAGGAGUCUGGUUCCAGCUGAAUUUCAGAGGACAGAAGCCAUUAGAGAAGUGAGGCCCAGUAGGUACUCUGCAGCCACACAGGCCGGGUGCCCUUCCGAAAGCACUGGACUACACUCCCCAGCACCCUUUGCAGUCGGUGCAGUCAUGUGCCUGGUUUCUAGCAGGAGGGGGUGGGGCAGUUCCAGGGCUGGUCCUUAACACCUCCACAGGCAACCCCCUGCAGGCCCUUCCCCCUGCUCCCGAUGUUGCACAGGUGACUGGAAGCCAUGCCAACCUAGGUCCCUAGCAUGUGGAAGGAUCUCCCCAUCCCCACCUGUUCACCCAUCCAGUACUGCUUUGGGAACAAAAAAUAAACUUCCCUUGUGAGUAAGCCAUAGUACAUUUUGGGGUCUAUGUGUUGCAGCAAUUGGUCCCCUGAGCUAUACACAACAGGCAGAGAUGUGAAAAGAUGGCCUUAUGUUUUUCAUCAGUGUUGAAGAUAAAUACUAUGUGCAAAAGGUUUUAAAAAAUUCAGUGGAUCUUCCAAUGUUCAUAGCAGCAUUAUUCACGAUAGCCAAAAGGUGGAGGCAACUUAAGUG